GGGGGCUGUCCAGUAGUUGGCAUUAGUGGAAAAUCCUGGUCAGAGAGAAAACACCUUGCUCUAUUAAUUCUGCUCUGAAGUGUCAAAGGUUGAACUUCUCUCUCCACAUUACUCUCUAGGCACUCUCUCUCUCUCUCUCUCUCUCUCUCUCUCUCUGAAACAUAUCAACUUCUGAAAAAAGUUGGAAAGCAAUGGAGCACACAACGAAGGAGGAGACACAAUAUCCUACCAAGGGAAUAUUGCAGAGUGAGGAGUUGUAUCAGUAUAUAUUGGAGACUAGUGUCUACCCUCGUGAACCAGAGCCCCUCAAGGAGUUAAGGGAUGUCACUUCAAGCCACCCAUGGGCAUCUAUGGGUACCGCUCCAGAUGCUGGCCAGUUAAUGGCCAUGCUUUUGAAGCUAGUAAAAGCCAAAAAGACCAUUGAAGUUGGAGUGUUCACUGGAUACUCCCUCCUUCUCACUGCCCUUUCAAUUCCAGAUGAUGGCAAGAUUACCGCCAUAGAUGUGAGCCGGGAGUCGUACGAAAUAGGUUUGCCAAUUAUCAAGAAAGCCGGCGUUGAGCACAAGAUCGACUUCAUCGAGUCCCAGGCCCUACCGGUCCUUGAUAAACUCUUGGAAGAUAAUGAGAAUGAAGGGAGUUUCGACUUUGCUUUUGUUGAUGCUGACAAGGUUGGCUACAUGAAUUAUCAUGAGAGAUUGAUCAAAUUGGUGAAGAUUGGAGGGAUAAUUGCCUAUGACAACACGCUAUGGUACGGGACUGUAGCAAUGCCAGAAGAAAUGGUUUUAGAGGGACUGAAACCUGGGAAGGAGAGCAUGAUCAAGCUCAACAAAAUGCUAGCCGUUGAUUCCCGUGUUAUGAUUUCUCAUGCUUCCAUUGGUGAUGGAAUCACGAUCUGUAUGCGCGUGCGUUGACUUCUGUUCAUGUUAACGCCGUUGUGCAUUCACGUUGUUCCAAAAUAAGUGUUUUUCGUUAUUCGUGUUCGAAGAUCGUGGGGUUAUUGUUCCAAAGUAAUGUAGUGGACCCCGUGUUAUGAUUUCUCAUGUUUCUCGAUAGGCGAUGGAAUCACAAUUUGUAUGCUCGUCUAGUGACUUUUAUUAAUGUUAUUGCCAUCGUUGUCCAUUUUGUUCAUGAAAUUAUUGGUAAUUUCAUGUUU